UUUUGAAAUAAUGUUUACUUUAUUGAUUUUUUAUGAAAUUGCAAAUUAAAUAUUAAAAUUAUUAGUCGGGCUGCUCUAAAGGCAGUUGUCACUUAGCCUCUCCUAUCCCUAGCUGGUGCAAAUGGGAAGCAAGAGCAAAAUGCGGAGACAAUAUAACCAAGGAUGCUUAGGAGAUCCUCAGAACGAGGAGCUGGAAGAACAGUAAUAAUGAACAGAUUAAUUACCAUUUAAAGCACCCAAACAUUUAAUUGAGUACUUCGAGCAAGGUACCAAAAUCCAGAGAAAUCAAGCCUUACAUUAUUAAGGAGAUAUAAAUAAUAAUUUACGUUUAAUAAUAUAUAUAUCGAUUAAUUUUUCGUAAUCAACUAUCUAUUAAACAUUAAAACCGUUCUAGAAAUGAUACAAUCAUUUUCCGUUUUACCCAACACAAGUUUAGUAUGGAUUCUCAAAUAUUACUAUUUCAUCGAUAUAAAGGCGAUUGUGUUUGUUGUGCUUAUAAACCGAUAUUAAAACUUUGUUGUUUCAUCGGUUUAAUACCCGUUAAUUUCCAUUGUAAUCACCAUAAUCACUCUGAAAGUCGAUUUACUUACAAAGUAUCCAAAUUAAGUGUCUUAAUAGCGAUAUUUGUGGUUUUAUAUCUAUUAUUAGCGGCAAUGAAGGUAACGAUACAUGUUUUCGAGCAAACAAAUAUAUUCGACGUUAUGAUUUCAUUGAGUUUUGUGAUAAUUGUAUGGCCCGUAUUGACUACAUAUUGUUUCGUUGUGAUUUCCUAUCGAAAAGUUGCCUCAUUGGUAAUAAAAACUUUAUUAGAUUUUCACAAUUGUUUCAUUCAAACAGAAAAUACCACAUCGAAGAAUCUGAUAAAAACUGCUAGAAGAAAAUCGAUGGUUUACGUGAUUUUAAUAACAAUAUGGGUACCAAUAAGCACUUUAAUUGCUUGCGCAACAAUCGAAAAUCUUCAGAACGCUUUAUUAAUUAUCUCAGCUGAUUUUAUAUUUCAACUUAUCGUUUUUGUAGGAAUAAGUUAUAUCGAUGUUCAUGUCGCAGCUAUUUCUUAUCUCUACAAAAAUAUCCUCUCAAAAAUAGACGCAAAAAUACGUGAAAAUGAAAGAAUUAAUUUGAAUUUUCGUCAAAUUAGGUUUAUUUAUAAAAAUAUUUUCGACAACCAAAGCUUUUUUAACAAAUUUAUAUCGAUUAUUUUCUGUGUAUACGUUCCCGCUGCUUCAAUGAUUGUCAUAAUCGGUUUUUGUGGUAUUAAUGAAAUGAUUGAAACUAAUUUUCACCUCUCUUUAUUCAUAUUGAUUACGUUUUGGUUUAUUGAUGCUAUAGUGGCAAUAAUUUAUAUGUUAGUUGCUGAAGAUCUUCAUGAAAAGGUAAAAUGUUUUAAUUUAAUUUUAGUUAAUAAAAAGGUUUUUUUUUUCUUUUCAGAGUUUAAAUUUAAUUGGAAAUAUAUAUCACUUAACUUUAACGAAACUAUCAUUCGAAGAAAUACAACAAUUGGAACAAUUAAUUAUAAGUAUAAACCAUCAACCGGUUGAAGCUUAUUAUUUCGGACGAAUAUUAGUAUCAAGGAAACUCAUCGUAAAUGUGAGCUUCGAAAUGUGUUGCAAUUUUAAUGUGUUAAUAAUUAAUUUUAGAUCACCUCACAUGGAUUUACCUAUUUCAUAGUUUAUUUGCAGUUUAAGUUUAGUAAUUUAUAUUGAUUUUUAAACAAUAAUAAAGUUUUGGCUAUUGUCUCAAAGAUGGCGCUCUUGCAGUUAAAGUCCCUAGAUUUACAAAGUACCGCGGUUUG